GCGGACUCCAGUCUAGAAGUUUCCAAAAAAGUCCUUUCCCAAGACCGGCCGGGAUAAAGAAGGACUCCCAAGACCCCGAAGCGGACAAAGAUGCCGGGUGAGAGGAUGACGGUCCGGGGCAUGGCAGACUUGGGCCGGUUCCCCGGGGCUUCUCCGCCCACCAGGGUGGAGCUGUCCAUUCAGAAGGUGGGGGAAAAGAAACCGGAGGAGAGCGCUUGCUGCCGCUGGUUGAGGAAAAUGUGCCCGUGCUGCUGCUGCUGCAAGAGGAACACCACCUCCUAUGACGUCACGCACACCGUGGAACUGAUCAAACCCCUGGCCCUCGCCCCGGAGCCCGACGGGCCCAAGCCGAUGAACGGGGAAUCGAAAGAAACGGAAGUCAUGAAGUUGGGUGUGCGCUCGGUGCAUUUGCUGAGCUCAAAAACGGGUGGGAACAGACUGGAGCACCACACUGACCUCUACCACGGGGACCAGCUGAUCGUCCGCAGGGGGCAAACUUUCCGCAUGGAGCUGGAGCUCAACAGGCCGUUCAGUCCGGACACCGACAAGCUGCACCUGGACCUAAGAACAGGUCCACUGCCCAUGGUGUCCAAGGGCACCCACGUCAUCGUCCCCCUGGUGGACCACCUGGAAGAUAAACGCUGGGGUGCCCGGAUCGCAGAGCAAGACGGCAACAAGGUCAAGCUGUCCGUCCACUCUCCGGCCGAUGCUGUGAUUGGUCUUCACGGGCUGACGGUCACCACCGGCUCCCUGAAGGAGGAAACCCCCAAUACUUACACCUCCAGCGAGAACAUCAUCAUGCUCUUCAACCCCUGGUGCACAGACGACGCCGUGUUCCUGGACGACGAGGAGGAGAGGAAGGAGUACGUGUUGAACGACAUCGGGCAAAUUUAUUAUGGAACCGAGAAGCAAAUCGGUUCUCGCACGUGGAACUUUGGCCAGUUUCAAGAAGGGAUUCUGGAAGCAUGUCUGUUCAUUCUGGAGAAAAGUGACAUCCCUCCAUCUGGCCGGGGGGAUCCCAUCAACGUGGUCAGGGUCCUAUCAGCCAUGAUAAACGCUCAAGACGACUUCGGGGUCCUGAUCGGAAACUGGUCGGGGGACUACUCCCUCGGAGUGUCUCCCGCUGCCUGGAGCAGUAGUGUGGAGAUCCUGAGGAAAUACCACUCCUCCAACGGAACGCCCGUGCCGUACGGCCAGUGCUGGGUCUUCUCGGGGGUCACUACAUCAGUGCUCCGCUGUCUUGGCAUACCGACUCGCAGCGUGACCAACUUCCAGUCCGCCCACGACACUGACGUGUCCCUCACAAACGACGUGUAUUUCGAUGAGGACUUGGAGCCAAUCGACUACCUCAACAGCGAUUCUAUCUGGAAUUUCCAUGUCUGGAAUGACUGCUGGAUGGCCAGGCCUGACUUGCCCGACGGUCACGGGGGCUGGCAAGCUAUUGACUCCACUCCCCAGGAGACGAGCCAGGGUACCUUUCGCUGUGGGCCCGCCUCCGUCACGGCCAUUCGCUCUGGCCAGGUCUACCUCAAACACGACACUCCCUUCGUCUUUGCCGAGGUCAACAGUGAUAAGAUCUUCUGGCAAAGGAAUUCCGAUGGUACGUUCACGCAGUUCCGCAGUGAAAAGAAGGCUGUGGGUCACUGUAUCAGCACUAAAGCAGUCGGUUCCGAUGAACGGGCAGACAUCACUCAUCUGUACAAGCAUCAGGAAGGUUCUGAGGAGGAGCGCAUUGCCGUAGAGACCGCCAGUCGUUACGGCAGUAAGCCAGACGUCUACACUCCUGCCACGGCCGAGGAUGUCAGUCUGGAGGUGAGGAUGGAAGGCGAGGGGCCGAGGAUGGGGGCCGAUGCCCACCUGAGCCUUCUGGUGAAGAACCUGAGCUCAGAGCCCCGUCGGACCACACUGCACAGCCAGGUGGCCGUCAUGUACUACACGGGCGUUGUGAAGGGCACCAUCAAGAAGGAACAGCUGCCCGUGGAGCUUCUGCCAAAUGAAGAGAAGACCAUAGAGUGGGUUCUGCCUUACCAACAAUACCAGAACCAGCUGGUGGACCAGGCGGCGCUGAUGCUGACUUUGUCAGGAAGAGUCAACGAGACCAAACAGGUUUUGGCCAACCAAACCACCUUCAGGCUCCGGACACCCGACCUCAACAUCAUGCCAUUGGGAAAAGCCGUAGUGGGUCAGGAAAUGGGGGCUAAGAUCACGUUUACCAACCCUCUGCCGAGGACGCUGAAGGACGUGGUCUUCAGGGUGGAAGGUCUGGGUCUGCAGAAGGGCCAUGAAGUGGUCGUGGGGGACGUGGGUGGUCUCUCCACUGUGACGCUGACCGAACACUUCAUCCCCACCCAGCCCGGGGCCAGGAAGCUGGUGGCCUCUCUGGACUGCAAACAGCUGACACAGGUGCACGGAGUGGUGGACAUCGUCGUUCUGGAGGAGUGA